AUGCAUAAUCAGCUUAUAGAAGCCUGGUGGUCGAUGCUACGUAAACACAAUGCCCAGUAUUGGAUGAAUGUGUUUCAGAUGUUAAAGGAAGAUAACUUGUUUGAUGGUUCAUUUUUGGACAAAUCUUUAAUUCAGUUUUGUUCCACUCCUUUGAUACAGAAAGAACUAGAUCAAGUUUGCUUAGAAUGGAACGUUCACAGAAUUAGAAAAACAAGAAAUGCUAAUGCCCCAGCAGGAAGACCAGCUAUAAUGUAUGAGAUGCCAUCUCUUCAUGGAGUAAGCGAUCAUAUUACUUAA